AUAACUCUCUUCACCCUCCCCUCCUCCUCCCUCUCCCUCAAAUCCCACUUCCGCAACCCCUUCCUCACCACCACCCACCUCCCCCAAGCCCUCCGCCCCCAAUCGCCGCCCCUCCCCAAAAUCCACGCCGCAAUCAGCCGCACCAAGAAGGAAGAGACCGUCGAGAAGGUCAAGCAAGAGCUCGAUUCCUGCCACCUAAUCGCCGCCAUCAGCUACAAAGGCCUCACCGUCUCCCAAUUCCAAGAGCUCCGCACCCAAUUGCCCGAAACCACCAAGCUCCUCGUCGCCAAAAAUACCCUAGUUUACAAGGCAAUCGAGGGCACCAAGUGGGCGGCGCUGAAGCCCUGCAUGAAGGGCAUGAACGCGUGGCUCUUCGUCCACAGCGAGGAGAUCCCGGCCGCGCUGAAGCCGUACCGGACCUUCCAGAGGGAGAAGAAAUUGGAGGAUAACGACUUCACCGGCGCGGUUUUCGAGGGGAAAUUCUACGGGCCCGGUGAGUUCAAGGCGCUCGAGAAUUUGCCCACGAGAGCGGAGGUUUAUGCCCAGAUUUUGGGGUCGAUAAAGGGGCCGGCUUCGGCGGUGGUCGGGACGAUUCAGGCGCCGGCGAGGGAUUUGGUAUUAACAUUGAAAGCUUAUUGCAAGAAAUUGGAGGAGGAAGGCCAAUGAUGGUAAUGUAAUGGUUUUUUUGUGGGGGGGUUUUGGUUAAAGGGGAAUUGUAGCAUAAUUUGUUUGUAUAAUUGAUGAUACAUUUGAUGGUAUUUUGCUUGUUUGAGGUAUUAUGCGAAAUGUGUAUGUGAUUUUUGGAGAUUAGCUAUGCUGUAUAAUGUCAAAAGGUUUGAACUGUUA